AUGGCAGGUUACACUUGUGCCCAAUGCCUUCAGGUCCUCCGACAGGGAGUCCGGGCUCCUGCUCCCUCAGCUCGCCUGCAGAGCCUCGCUCAUUCGCGUCGGAGAUAUGCGUCUCCGAUGAUUCGCAGCUUUGGCUCGGGACGUCACAAUCGCCCGGACAAUUCACCAGAACUGAGUAAAGCCCCUGGCAAGUCCACUUCUACGAUCAAGCCUUCAUCUCCAUCGAUUGCACACCGAGCAGCCUCCACCGCAUCCGGAUCCUCCAUCGACACAUCGGCUUUUUUGAAACCGGAUAACCUCUUCCAUUCAUUCUCCAACUCACCCUCGCCCGAAAUCCGAAAGCGCGCUGAGUUCAUCAAGGCGAACGCCCAUUGUCCUCACCCAAGUCACCAACAGACCCGUGCCCCCGUUUCGCCGCAUGACCCGGAAGCCCGAAAGACAACCGACGAGGCCAACCUCCCCCCGGCCCACUCGCAUUUCGAAUGCCCUGACUGUGGCGUCCCUGUCUACUGUUCCGAGGGUCACUGGAUGGAUGAUUUCGAGGCCCACUUGGAGGUCUGUGAUACGAUCCGUCAGAUCAACGAGGACGACCAUGAUCUGCACUCCGGCCGCUACUUCCCUGAAUUCAACUACCCCGGUGUCCAAGAUGAGAACUUCGUGAUCAACAUGACAAACUGGGAUACUUACAUGUAUACGCGCGAGUUCGAGGCGAUCAAUUCCGAUCGGUCUAUGCGCCAGGUCACCCGCAUGCUCACCUACCCGCAAACAAUUGCUAGUGUUCUGCAUGAGCUUAGCCCGUACAAUGUCCGCAGCAAGAACCAGCUGACACCCGAGGGAUUGAAGAGUUUGAGCGCUCUCCGAUACUCCCUGCACCCUCCUCGCACCGGUGAAGAUAUCGACGUGAAAGGUCUGCGCCUGAAGGCCCCACCAGUCCGGUUGUUCAUUCUCGGUGCCCGUGCAGAGUCCUCUCUGCCUCGCGAAGUGUGGCUGCAGCUUCAGUACAUGUUCCCCCGGUCCCUGUUGCACCUGAUUUUCAUUGGACCCGAGAGCAUGACCAAUCGCGAUGCCGAAUUCCCAUUGCCGGAGCGCACACCUGAGAAUCCGUUCGGAGGGAUUGUCGAGGACCGCCUGGGUGGCCAGAUGAAGAUUACUACGUACGUGGAAUAUUUCCACACCAUGUACAAGGCAAACUACUUCCAGCCCUUCGACCCUUACCUGGAUUGCUUCAUGCUCUUCCACCCCGGCCUGGGUCACCCCGCUAGCUCACAUGAGUGGCAGGAGACUCUCCCCCAAUUGCUCGAGACCAAGGUUCCAAUUCUGUGCACCGGUUACACGCAGUGGGAUAUGGAGCGCGACAUUAACUGGGUGCAUGAGAAGUGCGCCGGUGAGUUCGACAUGCUCCUCGAGCCUGGCGAGAACAUCUUCCGCAGUCUGCGUUGGGAUUUGAACGACCAAGACCCGCAUGAUGUUUCGUGUGGUAAUUGGGGUUUGUGGGGAUUCCGUGGCAAGAGGUAUGUUAUCACUUUCACUGGAGUUAUUUGA